GCGGUCUGGUUGAUAUUACUUGAUAUUGAUUCUUGUUGGGGACAUUAUAUCAUGCCUCCGAUCAGGGCCUGCGAUACAUGCUUCAGGCAGAAGAUUCAGUGCCUUCGACCUGAUCCUCGCCUACCCUGCAACUGGUGCAGCCAUCACAGCUUGACAUGCACAGUUAGUCGGUAUAAUGCAAGACGGUCCAAGAAUACAGAGAAGAAGCUGCUGGAUCGAAUCAGACAACUCGAACAGGCUCUCGCUGAGAGGAGCUUGCCGCAACACCUGGACGUAGCCAAAAGUCCGCGCCGUCUGGAAUCGACACCAUGCGCGUUGCACAAGAAUGCAUUCCUUGGAAAAACAAAGAAUCCGUCAUGUGAGGAUGGCGGUGUUCAUCCACAUAUCGACAUUGCCAGUUACCUAUUCGCGCGGAAUUGGUAUCACAAAGGGUUUCCUAUCGUAUCCGAGACUGGCCUAAACUGGAUUGCCUCCAGAACUCUCUCCGAUACCACAGCUCUAAAGGAAUACUGUCUGCACGAAGAAAGCUCAGGCAUUUUGUGUGGCUCAUGGCCAACUUCUUCUGGCGAUAAGCCUGCCCCUGCAAUGGCAACGAGCCUGCCUGACAGAAGCUUAGUGCAAGCCUGGCUGGCAUCUCUCCCGGGCUCUUCCUUUCAGAUCUUGUUCCCGGCUCUUGACAAGGUACUCUUUGAGGAGACUAUAGAGACCGCCUACUGUGAUCGCCAUCCAUUACUACACCCGGACGUGCUCUCAGCUAGAGCCUGUCUCUGGGCGACCUUGGCCGUCGUGGCUCUUUUGAGAAAGUCUGGGCGUUUCUCUUCGCUGGUUAGCCGCGAGAUGUGCGCAGAGAGGGCGCAGUACUUCGUGGAACUCUACAUUGACCACGACCACUCGCCCAAUGACAUCAAUUUUGUCCAGGCGUGUUUUCUCUUGCACAAAUACCGCAUAGCGAUUGGCCAGUAUGAGACUGCCUCAUACAUGCUAUCGACCGCCCACAGUAGGGUUGAGAGGCUAAAUGGCCAUCUGCAUCACCCAAUGGAGCAUGGAAGCAAUGUUGAGCCGUCACUCCUCGAGCGUCGUCGGAACCAUCUUCGGAAGCUAUUCUGGCUGUGCUAUACACACGUCCAAGACCUUGUUCUUCCGUCUGACCUACGAACUCGGAGCGUCACCCAGAAGCCUGACUUGAGAGAUCCCGAUAGGCAUCUCGGUCAUGACGUUUUUCUACAAAUGCCGGGAGAGACCGUCGACAUCGAAAUCAUGGGAUCUAUUGCUUGGGAGAGGAUCCUGUCUUUCCUGCCAGGCGAUCCGCACCUGGGGCUGUUGAAGGAAAAUGUCUACGAGCUGCUCUACUCGCCUUCUGCGCUGGAAAUCAUUGACAGCGAGCUUCUUGUUCGCAUUCGCCAGCUGGAUGACGAACUCGAAGACUGGCGAUUGGCCAUUCCCCCAGUACUUCGCCCCAAGCUAUCGAUAACUCCCGUCCAAGGCAUACUCUGGAACCAUACUUUUUCAAGCUACUUGAGGUCUGUCCAGCUACAACUGGAAUACCACUUCCUCGUGACCUUCAUCCACACGCCAGUCAGGAGAUUUGGAGCGACUCAAGGCCAGCAUACCAUUCUCCCCGAAGAGCUUCACAGCGCCAUGCAUUCGAGCAUCGACCUGUCCCUGGAAGCCAGCCGUUCAACCCUUCGUCUGCUGCGAGAGCCGAUAGCAAUGGUCAGGCAAGACACUUUCUGGCGUGCUACCAUGUAUCCGAUCGUCGCCGCAAUGCCACUCUUUCUCGACAUCCUUAUACAUCCUCAUGACGGCAGACGAGAAGAGGACAUUGGAUUGAUCUUGUCGGCUUCAGAGGUAGUCGAAAAGUUACGGAAACAAUGUGUGAGCGAAUACGAAAACAGGCAUAUCGAGCAGACGAGCGAGUUUCUGAGGGAGCUGGUCAGACAUGCCUAUGGCGCUGUAGUGGCAGGCUGA